UUCCCGCCCGGGACAAAGGCCCCAGUGUGCGCCGGAGCCGCCUCGCACCCGCCCCGGCCCCCCGCCUCCCCCCGCCCCCCCCCCCCACCACCACCACGGCCAGGAUGGCAGCGGCGCUCCGGGCCGCGCUGCUCUGCGUCCUGCUGGCGCCCGGCGCGGCCGGGCCGCCCCACAGCCUGGCCGAGAGGAAAGCCUGCGCCGACGAGGAGUGCAGCCACCCCAUCUCCGUGGCCGUGGCCGUGGCCGACUACGUCGCUCCCGACUGCCGCUUCAUCCACUUCCAGCGCGGCCAAGUCGUCUACGUCUUCUCCAAGCUGCGGGGCCGCGGGAAGCUCUUCUGGAGCGGCAGCGUCGGCGGCGGCUACUACGGCGAGCAGCCGGCGCGCCUGGGCUACUUCCCCAGCAGCGCCGUGCGGGAGACCCGCGUCCUGCGGCGGGCGGCGGUGGAGCUGGACACGGACGAAUGGGAUUUCCACUGCCACCGCAGCCGGCGCUGAGCCCGGCCCGCGCGCGGGGCUGCUCCCCCCUCUCCCGAAUAAACCCUAUCGGCAGCA